CACAGACUCUUGAUGGCUUCCCGGUUCAGCAGCUCAUCGCUGGAGGACAGAGUUUCUCUGUUCGCUCGACUCAUGGACAAUCACAGGAGUGUCAGAAAGAAGUUUUUGUUACACAGGCUUGUUGUGGUCAGUGGUCUCCCGCCUGGACUCGCUGACAGACAGACUGUGGGGGAUCACUAUGAGAAGUUCAUUUACAGUCAGAAGAGGAGUCGAGCAGGUGAAGAUGUCACAGGUCUUCUGUUGCUUUACCCUCAACACGCUCUGCACGUCAUCGAGUGUUCUACGGAGGUUCUACUGUCUGUUAUUCAAGACCUGACACACAUGCAGAAAACCCCAGACAGUGCCGUGAUGCUGACGCCCAGAGUCCUGCUGGUUUCUCAUGACAUCUCGAGCAGACUCUUCCAGCAGUGGAGCUUCACGCUGUUGAAGGACGGCAGACUCACGGUGAACUCAGACGAGCAGAGCUGUGAGACACUCGUCAUCCAAACACUUCAUCAGCUCCUCCGACUCGCCUCACACCUCCACACUGCAGGAGAGAACAUCAAGGAAUGUAAAGAGAUUCCGGAGGAGGUGCUGCAGAAGUCACAGCUGAUUCCUCCACAGACUGCAGUGUGUCGUCUUGUACAGAUGGAGGCGCUGUUGAGUCCAGUGCAGUAUCUGGACACAUAUCAUUCACCUCUACAUCAGCUGCUGGACUCUGGCCAUGUUUUCGGGAGUUUUCAGCCAACCACAGUGUAGAGUUUGGCUUUAGGGCGGCAGAAUCUGUGUGGCCUGCAGCGGAACAUUCUUCACAUUCUCUGAAUGACCAGACACAGAAUGACGGAUGAAAUCAAAUCUUGUUUCACAUUGCAGAGUAAAAAUGUAAAAAAAAUCCUAAAAGAAAUAAAUUACAUGUACAAACAGAAGUAAAUGAAAAUGCUUUUUUAAUUCAGAUCACAUUCCGAUGUUGUUCUUUAUACUUCAUGAGUCUUUGAGCAUCACAUCUCAAACUAUUCCAGUUUUCCAUUUAAAACACAUUUUACACACAGAACCUCCCCGUAAAAACAACGACACGAGUCAAAGACUCCCAAGCGAAACUGCAACCCCUUCAGAAGUGCAUGCAUGACUUUACACCCCACCACACUAAUAUACACACGGUGGGUUUCCAGUUGUGUCUCGUUAAAUAUUUCAUAUAUGCACGAGACGGUGAGAUUAAUACGUCUUACUGAAACGCUCCAGAGCUUCGUGUGGCGGCUGUAAAACGACAGCGUUGACUUUAAUGUGAAGUGAAUUCUCGAGAGCCGUUUACACUGACACGGACUCUUAUGUCCAGAUCAAAUCACUGUCAGUGUGAACGGACAAUCUGUGGGUGUGGCAUGCCAUCGGCUGUAGUGUUGUUGUGUCUCACUACAGGAAACGUAAGCGUUAUUUUCAUAAGCAGCUGAUAUUUUUGUUGCUAUAGUGUCUAUUUAUCCUUUUCGUUCGACAAACUACGACAGCAUUGAUAAAGGGAUUGAAAUCGAGAUACAUUAUAAGGAAUGAAAGCAAAGCAUGCAGCAGGUUUACAGAGAUGAGAUUCAUCAGAUCCACGUGACAAUAAUCCAGAUUUACACCCAACACACACACACAGAAUCUACAGUAUCUGCUCCUCGGCCUGUGCGAGAACAUUUCGGACAUCUCAGAUUUUCACUCAGAAACAGCACAGAAAACAAAGUCUGCAGAUUUCGCCUGAUGUUGCUGUAAAUCAGUUUUCAUACCUGCUGAAACGCGGAUUUCUCUCUUUCACAUGCGUGUGCAAAACACAAGAACAUUCGGCUUCGCAGAUACACGACAGUUCAUCGCCCUGACAGAUCUGCUCUGAUCAUAAAUGUAAAGCAAAAGAUGGAGUUUUAACAUUUUGGUUCGGCAUCAUUUCCACACAGUUAAGUUACCCUGAUCUAUUAAACCAACAUCUUACUGAACACCUGAAGUCAUGUUUUAUAUCAGACAAACCACAAAUGACAAUUAUUCAAACACACACGCACAUGCGCACUUUUUUAAAGUCAACGUGAAAUAAGAGGUUUACUCACCGAAUGUCAUGACUAUAUUGUUAAAUGACCGCUGUGAGUUUCAUGUUGACUUUAAAGAAUAAAUAACAGACUCACAGAAAUAAUGUUCGGUCUGAAUAAGUUAACACAACAAUCAGACCAUACGAGGUAAACUUGUGACUUCUUCGUUGUUUAAUCUCUGUCGCAAUUCUGUUCUCUGAACGACUCUUCAAACAUCCUUUCAUGAGAACCGCAGCAUAUUUAUAUUCGUUUAUGUACAUGUACCAGUAUUGCGUCUGAAGCAAAAAUAACAUGUCUGUAUAUUUAUAGAGAGAGAGAGAAGAAUUCAUAAAUGUCUGCCUUCACAAAUAUUUGAUCUUGUUUCUCUAUAGACUAUAUACACGUCUGACCGGAUGCGUGACGUCUGGAGUUGCUAAUACUUACAGCACUUUAUGACACGUAACGUCAGUGACGGCCCGUGAAAAACAUAAAAAACAAAAUCAUGAAACUUAAACCCCUCUGCAGCAUGAUGCACACUACGCUACAGUAAUUCAACCCAUUGCAAAGAUUUUACUCCUUUGUAAAUGAAAAAUUCAUGCAUGAAAAUGUGAAAAUUGUGAUGGCCGGGUCCGGAAAACACACAAAUAAAACAUUCCUGGACAUGUGUAUAGCAUGUGUUUUAUGGUCAAGUGAAUCGAGGAAUUAUUACUUCCGACAGAAAUUGCUGUUCAUGAGCGUAAUCUCUUUUAAACGAUGAAAUCCUGAAUGACACAGAAGAUCAAAAAGAACCCCAGACCCCCACACGACAUCCGUGUGAAAUUAUAAAACACAUUCAAACUCACAGUUUUCUGCUCUCCGUCCACAUACAAACCUUCACGUUCUUUGUGUUUUGUUAUAUUUUCUGUUCUCUUUAAUCUAUCAAGGCUUGAUGUAACUACACAUGUUCCAGCAUUCAUUCAGUGUCACUGCAGUAAUCUUACUAUAGUAUUUUCACCCUCACGAACACUGACCAUGGUUUUACUACAGUUAAAACCUAAAAAACAUGGUUACUGUAGUAAAACCAUGGUUUUGCCCUAAGUAAUCAAUGCACCAAAAAACCAUGGUUACUACACUUGUACCACAAAAAAAAAACAUGGUUACUACACUUGUACCACAAAAAAAAACCAUGGUUAAUUUUCGUGAGGGCAAU